UUUUAUUUCUUUAUUUAUUCAUUUACAGAGAUAUGGGAUCUACUCCAAUCCAUGAAGUGAGAAAAUAUAUAGUUUAUGAGACCUGCAUCAUGGAGCUGUUCAAGGUGUGUCCUGUGUGCAAGCAUCCAUGCACCAUUUAAAUGAGACAGCUCGGGACAUUCAUCUCCGUGGUGCAGCAGUGCCCCCAUUGUGAGUACCGCCGAACUUGGGACAGCCAACCCCUACUCAACAACACGCCAGCCGGCAAUGUUCAGCUCUCUGUGGCAGUCUAUGUGAGUGGAGCCUCAUUCUUCAAAAUUCAAAGGGUCUUUAGGGCUAUGCACCUACAAGUGUUCCUUUACGACACCUUUCGUCGGCAUGCGCGCACCUAUAUUGAACCGGCCAUUGUCACCAAAUGGAAGGGCUUUCAGGAUGACAUGCUGCUCCGCCUUAGUAGGGAAAAUGCCAUAAUUGGUGGGGACAUGAGGGCUGACUCUCCAGGGCACUCCGCGAAAUUUGGUAGCUACACAGUGAUGGACCUGCAAACCAACACUGUGAUUGAUGUUCAGUUGGUCCAGAGCAACGAGGUAGGCGGUAGCUACCACAUGGAGAAGGAGGGCCUGAAGAGAAGCCUUGCAUUGUUGAAGGAGCGCAAGGUGACCCUUGACUGUAUAGUGACAGACCGACACCUGCAGAUCCAAAAGUUCCUGAGGGAAGCUGGCAUCAACCAGUACUAUGACGUCUGCUCAUCUCUUAUCUCUGGCCAAGAACCAAGUACUCCAGCGUUCUACCAGCUGGAAAAGGUGCUGAGUGGCAAAAGAGUCCUCAAGGACAUUGCUAAACUUAGCCCCCACCACCAGACUUCGUCAUUAGAGUCAUUUCACAGUGUGAUCUUGCAAUUUGCUCCAAAAAAUGUGGUGUUUCCUUUUCUUGGGAUGCUUUGCAGACUCUACCUGGCUGCUCUGCAUUACAAUGAGAAUGCGGCACGAGACCAGGCCACCUCAUCCUCUGGGGAACCUCUCUACAGGAUGCAUUUCCCAAAGUACAGGAAGGGAGAGUACAGGGUGAAACCCAUCAAAACAAAGACAACAUUCCGGUAUGUGGAAGACUUGAUGGGCUUCAUCAUGGGCGAGGUCUUUGUGGACCCAGAAGCAUACAGGGAGGAACUCUUGAAAAUUAGCAUUCCUCCGGACCUGUCCUCAGAAUUUGAGCACCCAGAGAAGGAGGAGGUGAUCACCAACUACGUGUCUCGCUUCAAUCCAGGGGAGGCAGUUUGAAGCCCACGUAUUGUCCUUGGCUGUCAGGAAACCUGUAACGACUAAAA